AUGACAGGCGAGGGUUUAGAAACAGUCUACGAAUGUAAAUAGAUGACGAACAUGAAAUGAAAUGUAACUAUUGGCUCAAAGUUAAGGCGCCACCAACAUAGGUUCAGUGGCAAUGUCAUACUACUGUGUACCAUUUUUGUUGGGAAAACCGCGUGUCAAAAAUACCUUUUUCAAAUCCUUUCCCAAAAAAAUGCCCGGAUUGACUGGAUUGUGAAUCUCAAAAAUUCGAAUUUGGAUUUGAUCCAAAGAAUUCAGUAAAGGUGUGUAUUUUAUGGAUUCAUGAUCCGUUUUUGGAUUUGCCUAAUUAAGAAACGCACCCUAAGUUAAACUGCUUGCAAAAUACGUUAUUGAAGACUUAUACAAAACAUGGAUUCCCGGCACCUCUCUGGACCUAAACCAUGGACCUCUUGAUGAACCUGGUCCAUCGACUACCCACGUGGACAACUCCUAAUUUUUGUAGAUAAAUUUUUACCAAUUUUUUUUUUUUUUUUUUAUCUGAAUCCCAUUAGCUAAAUUCCAUUCAUGGGUUUGGUUUAGUUUGGACCUACUUUUAAUAUACUUGCCUCGAAGGUUUUUUUUUUUAACCUUGACUUCACCUUAAUUCUUCCAUAAGCUCGCCAAAAAAAUCCAUUAUCAAGCCAUCAUGACCUCAUACUAAGCAAUUAACGCAAAAAAAUCGUCUCCUGUCAUCUGAUUCUCUUUUUACAAAACCAACAACUUAAUUAUUUACUGAUAUCAAUUCUGACAAGCACACAUAAACUGGGCAAGGGAAGAACAAUGAGGAAAUAAGAAAUAUAAUACUCAAACAACUGGAAACAAUUUCUUAACAGAUGUAUCGUCAUCAGAACCCGCAGUGAUACCAACAGCAGUUUCCACAACUUCACGAACUUCAACAAACAAGCUUUCUCAACAAGGUGAGUAAUUGUCUGCGUUGUUCCUUCAACUUGUAUUGGACUCGUUCUUUUGUUUUGUGUUUGUUUUUUUUGUUUUUUUUUUUUUUCACCUUUAAACUUUGUCUUGGUCUAUAAACUGGCCAAACAGAGAACAAACAAACAAAUUUUCAAUAUCUAGCCAUUCAUGAUCUCACAAUAAGCCAUUAACGCAUAACUAUCGUCUGCACCAUCUGAUUCUCUUUUACUAAACCAAUAACUAAUAACCGAUAGCAAUUCUGGCAAAAGCACAUAAACUGGACGGGGGAAACACAGUAAUGAUGAUAUUAAAACUAUAUAAAUACUGAAAAAACUGGAAAACAAUCUAGUGUGAGUAGUUAUUAUCAUGCUCCUCAACAGAUGUAUCGUCAUCAGAAGCCACAGUGAUACCAACAUAUAUUUCCACAGCUUUACUAGAUUCAGCAAUCAAACCUGCUCCGCUCGGUGGGUAAUUUUCGGUGUCUUUGCUUCAACUUUUAUUUACCGUUAUAGUCUAGCUGAUAUAGCUAAAUCAUUCUGAAUCCAUUGGUACCGGACAAAUACAUGUGUAACAAUCUACAGAUAGUCUUACAUUUGAACCCUUUUAAUGCAGACACUGAUCUGAGGGCGCCAUAGACAGUACUGGUAUCAAUGGCCGUUUUUAUACUGCUGUCGCAUUAUCUGCCUGGACGAACUUGUGCAAACAUUUGUAGUUCGUCUGGUUAUGCGUCUUAAGUAUAAAGACGGACCCGGGCACAAGACGCAUUACGUGUCUGGACGAAGUAUCCUUUGUAAUACGUCGUGAACGACGCACUACUGAGGUAGACAAAUGUUAGCAAAACUUCAGCCAGAUGGUUAAUUUUGCCUCCUCAGUAUAAAAAAAGGCCAAUGACACUUGAUUUCUCUUCCAACUUGCUCUAUCAACUUGAUAAGCCUGUUAACAAAAGCAGGAGCCUAUGGCUUCUGUCUGGAAGGUCACUUCUUGUUUAUUCUAAAAGUAAAGCUCUGAAAAUGAAAGGAAGAGAAACAUGAAAAUGCUUUCAGAGUUAAACUACUUGAGAAAUACGUUAUUGAUGAUAAUUUAUGCAUUAGGUUCGGCACAUAAAUAUUUCGAUGUCUGAAUUAAAGUCGUUCCAAAGUCGCAAUACUAGGCCAGGUUAGGUUGAAACAAAGGCCGAGCAGUUGCAAAUUGAAAUAGAAUUUAUUCAGACGCCAAAUGUUUCGUGUACGUAAUUCCAUGUAAUUAGGUUCGGCACAAGGCACAAGUGAAUUGAAGUUCGGUGUCAUAACUAGAUUAAGACUAGGUUAAGUUGCACUGUUUCUUAAGUCUUUUAGGCCCUGUUAAGACGCCAUCCCACUCACGUGUCGAGGCUGACUGAAUAGAGAGAAGUGUAACGUCACGUUACCAUGGUAGCAAAAUGUUUGGAUCACAGGUAUGAGGAGCUUAAGAAAGACCCCGGCGACGGCAACAAGAACGGCAAAAAAUCCGUAGGUUUACAUUACAAAACAACAACUUUGCACCUACAUCAAGCUUUUUAGCCAUCGUUGCAUGACUGCCAUAUGAAACUUCCUAAUUUCACGCGCCCGCUUCAUGGAGUACGUGAACACAGCGCAAAAAUUUCUUUUUUUUUUUUUUUUGAAACAAUGCGAAAUCUCUUUUUGAGUGAAUUUUCGGGUUGUUGUCAUCUAAAGAUUUUGCUUCCACGGCAACGUGAGAAGCGACUUCUUAUCUCUAUUUAAUCCUACUUUGGAGCAACAUUGGCGCUGCCACUGAUUCCGUGAGACGGCGUACGCGUGUCGAUCCUAACCUUGAUUUCAUUUACAGAGAAAGAGAAAGGCCAGGGUACAAUACCAUAUUUUUGUGCCAUAAUUGAUCAUUUUAGACAAGAUAGCGAUUCAUUUGAAUCAUUACAUUCGACAUUUUCGUGCUCUUUCACUGUCUGUAACUUUUCGGAAACAUGACUCACAAUUUGCGACUGAACUGACCGCUAUCCAGCCCUUGAGAGAACAAGGAAUACAAAAGUAUUCCUGGCACCGUAAAUAAGUUUCUUAUCUUUUGUAUUCCUGCCACCGUGAAUAAGUACAUAUUGUGUUCCUAAAGCAAGAUGAGCAAGAUUAUCCCUCUUUACCCGCCAUUUUCCUCAAUUUAGUGUUGUGCGGUUGGCAACUACCUAAAAACGAGCGCAAUUGUUGGGCAAAAAAAGAAUAUAAAUUUAAAGUGUGCAUAAUGUUUGCAUUAGGUUCUGCACUUCAGAGGAGCGCCGUAUGAAUCACCUGCCGCUCGAAUGACGUAUAAUGCGAGUACUGACUGUGUUGAAUUUGGUGUUUUUGCCACACUAAAUUAAACCUGCUUUACCAAAUUGAUUCAGACGCGGCCCUUUUGCCCUAUUUAAGUCAACGACCAAACAGAACCGGAAAAUGAAAAAUGGGAACAAAACUUAACUUGAACCCUAGCCCUAUCGGUAAAUUCAUUACUAUUCUCUUUCUCGUUCUUAUUUUCAUUUUCCCGUUGCCCUUGCUCAUUACCCACUCCCGGUUCCUUGUUUUACUAACAUCGGCUAUCAAUCUCCAGGUUGUUAUUACGUAUGCACCCCACGUAUCAGUGAUCUAUAGAGCCAUCUUCGUUUUGACUUCCACAAAGUGCAGUAAGGACCUUCUGUCACUCGUAAUUUAAUGAAACGUGUUUUGAGCAUCUAUAACGUGACUCCUAUACGCAAUGCACAGCGUUGGAGCAAAGCGUUUUGACCUUCGAUCGUUGUCGACCGAACUCCGCAACCUUUGGUUAUUACUAGUUUCAACUAAUUUUAUGUCUUUGGUUUACGUUUUUCUAUUGUUUCUUAACUCAGCUUGUCAACAAGGGUGGAUUUGCAACGGGACGUCAUGUUAUAAAUUGGUUACGUCACCAACACUGAGUUGGGGAAAGGCAAAGGAGGAAUGUGAAAAAUGCCAGGCCGGAUUGGUAAAGGUUGAUUCUCGUGAAGAAAAUGAUUUCAUAAAAACAGAGCUUUUGCCGACCCACAUAGACGGUGGUUACUGGAUUGGACUUUCUGAUUCUGACAACGAAGGUGACUGGAUGUGGACGGACGGAACUCAAUUGGAUUCGGAUGGGUACAAAAACUGGGAAGAUAACCAGCCGAAAAAUAACGAAAAUAAUAAUGAGGAUUGUGUUGUAAUAAGAAUAAGAAAAUCCGAUCCAGACCAUUACGGGAAGUGGCGUUAUGUAAAAUGCUCAUUAGACAAGAAAUUUAUUUGUGAAAAGUAA